CUGGGUAACCAGGAGAACGGACGGCCCGAGUGAAGCUCCCCCCCCCCCCCCUCUGUUCGGCAGCGCGCGCCCCGCCCGAGCUCGGUCCGAAGUUUUUAAACGGGAUGGGAUUUGGAACCAUCUGAAGCGCGCGGAACGCAAUGCCGUUGGGGCGGUAGGGGCGCGAGGCGGAGGGAGGGAGCGGGGACGGAGCGCGCCGCGCGCCCGGCGCCUCCUGCGCAUUUGCCGCCGGCCCGGGGCGGGUGGCGGGGCCGACGGAGGGAAGCGCAGCAGCGGCGGCGGCGGUAGCCGGUGGUCGGCAGCAACCAGACUGGCGUCGUAACCGCGGCUGGAAGUUGCUUUUCGAACCAUGAAGAAAUUCUCACGCAUCUCGAAGCCUGAGGGAGUGGGAUAUGUCGGUGCCGGAGGAGGAGGAGGAGGAGGAGGUGGUUCGGCGGGGAGCGCCGGCAACUACGUGGGCAGGGUGUUCAGCGUGGGACGUUACCAGGUGACCGUGGAGGAGCUGAUCGCCGAAGGUGGAUUCUCUAUAGUGUUCUUAGUUCGAACUCAUAAUGGUGUUCGCUGUGCCCUGAAGCGCAUGUAUGUUAAUGAUGCACAUGAUUUGAAUAUCUGCAAAAGAGAGGUUACUAUUAUGAAAGAGCUUUCAGGCCAUAAAAAUAUUGUGGGUUAUUUGGAUUGUGGAAUUACGUCAAUCAGUGAUAAUGUCUGGGAAGUGCUUAUUCUAAUGGAAUACUGCCGAGCGGGUCAAGUAGUGAACCAAAUGAAUCAGAGGCUGCAGACAGGUUUUACUGAAACGGAAAUUCUGCAAAUUUUCUGUGAUACCUGUGAAGCUGUUGCAAGGCUGCAUCAGUGCAAAACCCCAAUCAUUCACAGGGAUCUAAAGGUUGAAAACAUUUUGUUAAAUAAUGAUGGAAACUACGUUCUUUGUGACUUUGGAAGUGCAACUCAUAAAAUUCUUAAUCCUCAAGUACAUGGUGUCAGUUCCGUAGAGGAUGAAAUCAAAAAAUAUACAACAUUAUCUUAUAGAGCUCCUGAAAUGAUUAAUCUUUAUGGAGGGAACUUGAUCACAACAAAGGCUGAUAUAUGGGCACUUGGAUGCUUGCUCUACAAACUUUGUUUUUUUACUCUACCCUUUGGAGAGAGUCAGGUUGCAAUCUGUGAUGGGAACUUUACAGUGCCAGACACCUCUAAAUAUUCUCAGAAAUUGCACAGUUUAAUACGCUAUAUGCUUGAACCAUGCCCAGACAAGAGACCCGACAUUUACCAAGUUUCAGAUUUUGCUUUUAAGUUGUCUGGAAAAAUAUGUCCGCUGCCAAAUAUAAAUAAUGUUUCUAUUCCAACAGUACUUCCUGAACCCAUGACCGCCAGUGAGGCAGCUGCCAAGAAAAGUCAGACAAAAGCUAGACUAAGUGAGGCAGUAGGACCAACGGAGACAUCAAUAGCACCAAGGCGAAGACCAAAAGCCAACACCAGUGCUGUAAAUGCAAGUGUUCUACCAAUUCAGAGCACAGUAACUCCAUUGAAAAGAUCAAUUCCAAGUGACUCUGGAAACCUUGGACAAAAAGCUGUUACACUAGCUGGAAAUGGACAUUCAAUUCAUAUGGCUCAGGGGACCAGUCAACAGCAACAUAGAGUCCUUCAGCAGAUACAGCAGGGAGACGUAAAGCAUCACCAUCUUCAACAGUUACAGCAGCAACAGAUUAGUCAGGCCCAAAAGUAUCAACAGGCUUUGCAGUCAUCAAUACGUCAGCAACAGUUACAACAGCAUCAAUUAAUGAUACAGCCAAUGUAUUAUCAACAGCAACAAUCGCCUCAGUACUCCAUGGUACAACAAUACCCACAGGCUUUUGUGCAAUCUCAGGUUGCUGUGCACCAGCACCCACAUUUUCAGCCAUCGCCACACGAAUGCCAAGCUGCUUUAAGUCCUUUUGUUUCUCCAACCUCCCCAACUUCCCAUCAAACUGUUGGCCAUCAUAGGAUUCAGAAUGAUGUCUCGUAUGGUGUAUCUUUUGUGGUCACUGGAACUAGCUCAAUGCAGCCUGUUGGACUAAUGACGGAACCUUCUAACAACUCAGUUAGGCCAACUAGUUUAGAUUUAGAUGGAGUUUCCAAAUAUUCUCCUCAAAAUAUCAGCAACCCUCCUGACAUGUCUGGAUGGAAUCCAUUUGGAGAGGACAACUUCUCAAAGUUAACUGAGGAAGAGUUAAUUGAUCGGGAAUUUGAUCAGCUCAGAUCAGGUAAACCAGAGCAGAGGAGAACAUCUGUAGAGAAUGAGACUGUACCACAUUCUGUUCAACAAACUCCAGUUAAGGAAGACUUGUUUGGCUGUGUUCCAUUUGUUUCGCAAACAGAACAUAGACACUUUGACGAUAGCAUCACUGCCAUGCUUGAGACAACAGGCAGAUGGCAGUACACACACCAAGGCAGAUCAAAUGCAAGAAGUGAAGAAAAUGUGGAAACUUCAGACUGUGCAUUUAAAGCUAAAACACAAAGACAUAUUCUUCCACUCAGUGACCAGAGCAAAGAAAAAAAUGAUCCAAAUAUCUUGCAGAACAAAAAAAAUGGAGAAGACUCAGACAGUGAUUUUGAGUCUGACCCACCUACUCCUCAGAGCAGUGAAGAGGAAGAACAAGAGGAGGAUGAGUUCCACAGUGAACAUGGAGAGUUCAAUGAUGUAGAAGCAGAAACGUUUGGGCAGAGGCCUCUGCUAAUGGAAUCUGAUGAAGAUGAAGAAGUGGGUGAGGAAGAAAAGCAUAGCUCUGAUUCUGAUUUUGAUCAGAAUAAAGGAAGAUCUUCUGUAACAGAACAAGGUUCAGAAUACAAUGCUGAUGGUGAAAGUAUUGCAAGUGUAGAGUCUGCAACAGCACUCAUCACCCCUCCAGAUUCACCUCAAAUCAAAGGAGUCAAAACUCAAGAUGAAGUAGAUAUGUUUGGUGCUGUGCCAUUUGUUGGUUUGCAGCAGCAUAUGCAACUUGACAAAAGAAUGGAGAAUAAAGAUAGUAUUCAAAAGGCACCCUUCAAAACAAUUGCUCUUAAGGAGCAGGAAGAGUUUGAUGUAUUCAGUAAUGCGCCUUUUACCAGAAAAUUACCUCAUCCCGUUUACUAUGUUGAAGGUACUCUCACACAAACACCACCUAUUUCGCCUAAUGAUGUGGACAUGUUUGGCUCCACUCCAUUCCAGCCACUUCAGCCUGCUCAGCAUAGAGAGGAAAGCAAAGAGGAUGCUUUUGGACAUAUUCCUUUUGAGGAGGUCACAGCUUGUCAGCAACACAGAUUGAAGCAGCGCAGUUUACAGAAACUUUCUUCUCGACAACGUCGCACCAAACAGGAAUCUUCUGGUGGAAAUGGAAAACGCCACCAUGGCACACCAACAACUACAAGAAAACCUUCCAAACCUAAUUAUAGAACUCCAGAGCGAGUACGCAGGCACAAAAAAGUAGGGAGGCGUGAUUCACAAAGUAGCAACGAACUCUUGAAUACAUCUGAUUCUAAGGAGAAUAUUGGUGUGGCACUUACAGAUGGAAAGGAGCAAUGCCAUUUAUUGGCUGCUGAUGAAAGCCUGCUUGACCCAUUUGGUGCCAAGCCAUUCCAUCCACAAGACCUUGCCAGAAACUCUCAGUACCAAGGUCUAAGUGAUCGAGGAGACCACAAUCCUGUUGCUAACAGAUCCAGACCUAGUUCUGUACAUGGCGCAUUUCAUGCUGGAGAUGGGCUAAAAACUGAUGAUUUUGGUGCAGUGCCCUUUACUGAACUAGUUUUACACAGUGCACAUCAACAUGGUGAUUUUGAUCCAUUUGGUGCAGCACCAUUUCCUUCCAAACAAUAGUCUUCCAAUAGAAAAGAUUAUCUGCUUUGUUAAAGCUAAUUUUCCACCACAAGGCCUUAUGAGCAGGGCUUUUUUCCCCAUGCUACUCAAUACCUCUGAGCCAUUGUAGAGGGGGAAAUCCCAGCUGACACUCAAAAAUCUGUGGAAAUAGACUGUGUACAAUCCAUUCCAUUCCUGCUUUCAUGUUUUAAGGGAUUUAUAACUUCCUGCUGCAACUCGUAAUUAUUUUAUCUUGGAAACAUUGCAUAAAAAUCCAUAAAAAUGUGAGCUUGCAGAACUAAAAACAGCUAGCAUUUGAAAUCACCAAGUGGCGAAGUUGGACUUGAUUGUGUAGUCUAUGCAUUUUGCUUUUUCUGAGGUAGAAAGAUUCAAUGAUUUCCUCUGCAGAAUAUACUGAAUAAUCCUCAGACUAGCAAAGUAUCAUGCCACAUGUUUUGCUGUUUGUAAUGUGAUAAUAUGCAGCCACGGUUAAGCCAGACAACUAUAUGCUUAAAACUGGAGUCUAAGUGCCCCUGUAUUAAGUCUGUCAUGUUUUAAUGCUUGCAUUUGGCCAGGCUGCUUUUGUGUGAAUGGAAAUCAAACAUCCAGUACAUAGUCUUUUUAUUGCUGCGAUACAGUUAAAGUGCACUUUUCAGAUUUGGAGACUUGAGUCUCUUUUUUUUGUAUUAAUAGUUUAAAAUUUGUUAAAUCUAUCAUUUAUAUUUAGUGGUUUUCUUUCCACUGCAUAACACAUGGGGAGCUUCACUCAUAUUUACUUUCUUUGCAAACUGUAUUGUUAAAUGAAAAUUUAACAGUUGGAGAGAUUGGAUUGCCACACUCCCUUUAUUCAUUGAUACCUGCAAUAAAUUCCACUUGAAAUUAUGGUUAAA